UUAAUGUUUUCAUUUUAAAAUAAAUGUCAAAUUCUCUAAUCACAGUAGCACGAUGUCAAUCAUUUUGGGAAAAUUGAAUUCGAUUUUAUUGCGUGAACAUUUUGGAAUAAAUGCACAAAUUGUUGGUGAUUGUUUGUUUUCGGCGGUACAAUCACGUCCAUUAUCAACGAUUAUAAAAACAACCGGUUUAACAAAAAACGAAGUUUCGGCUGCGUUGUCAUCGCUCAUUCGUUUCCGUUUGGUUCAAUUUACAUCGAGCGCACAAAGUGUGGAAUAUUCAAUAAAACCUGAAAAAGUAUAUUUACUAAUUCGAUAUGCCAAAUACGUUCAAUAUUUGCAUGAGAAAUGCGGUGAAUUGGCCGGAUUGCUGAUAAACGAGCUACAACGUGUGGGCAGUGACAUUGCAACCAAUUUGAUUGUACGAUGUACCGAAACGGAAUUAGCUCGUGACAAACUGAGUGAAUUACGAACGGAAUUUCUAAAUUUGGUGCAAAAGAAGUACGUAAUGCGAGCACCAGCUUUGGUACAAAACGAUGAAGCAACUCUAAUACCCGCAUUCAAUAUUGAUGAGCACAGUUUUUUCUUGGAGCCAGAAAUUGAUCUGGUCACAUUGGUCCGUGUAAAAAAUCGUGAAACAACCGAAUCCAGUGACAAAAAUAUCUAUUGGUUUGUGAAUAUUGAUCGAUUGCAUCAGGAGUUCCGCGAUAUGGUAAUGGUUGAAGCGAUUGAAAGAACCAUUGAUCCAACCGCUGCUGAAGUUCUUCGCUGCAUGUUAGAGCUAAUGUAUGAACGAACGGCUGCAUGGCAGGCGGUUACAAAUCCCGUAUCUUACUCAGAAAUACGGCAUAACAUUGAAAAAUCACCGAAAUGGAAAGCAAAUACAAAGUUAACAAGGCAAUUGGAUCAAUACAUAGCCGUUAUAUGCGAGGAUAGUAUGAAAUUUGUUGGAAAAUUUGGCGAAGCUGGCGGUGGUCAGUAUGUGAUUCAAAUGAAACACGCCAUUGAGGGUUUGACAUGGGCAUGCAUUGAGAAAAUUUGCGAAGAACGAUUUUCGUCGAAAGCAGCACGCAUAUUUCGAAUUAUUCGAUAUCAAAAGUAUUGUGAUCAAGACGAUAUACAAAAAGAGGCAAUGAUACCAUCAAAGGAGGCUAAAUAUAUAACAUACAAAUUGGUUGAAGAGAAUUUCAUUCAAAUAAAAACAAUUCGAAAAUCUGGUGCCGGUGGUAAUACAGCCAAAUCAUUUUGUUUAUUCCAUGUGAAUCAACAGCAAAUUGUAUCGAUGCUGCUGGAACAUUGUUACAAAGCACUUUUUAAUUGUUUGACCCGAGCCGAUCACAUCAAAUCAGAAGGCCGACGACUUAUUGAAAAAUCCCAACGACUCGAUAUGAUCGUACAAGCGAUGAAAGAACGAGGUGAAUCCGAAGAAUAUAUUCAAGAAAUUUAUGAAACGAUGACACCACCGGAAAAAGAAUUACUGGAAAACAUAAAUACACGAUGCAAUAAUCUGAGAUAUGCCGAAAUUGGUUUGGACGAAACCAUAUUUUUACUACAGUUAUAUCAAUAUUAUCAACAUUUAAAAUAAAAAUUGAUUGUUUUUUUUUUAUUUUUAGAACGAA